AUGGAAGUAAGUGCGAUGCCUCCUAUGCCUCUGGACUUCUCUAUGGUGAGGAAUGGAAGUGGUUCACCUGGUUCGCUGCGGGAGGGAUCUCCAAGACCUGUCUCUAACAGCGCCUUCAGAGUUGUUACUCCAAAAGGCGUAACAGCGAGUGAAGCCCUACGGAAUGGCUUGUGCCAGUCACUAUGGGGUGCUUCGGCCAAUCGUUCAGAGCCGAGGAUUGCAUCACCAUUACCACCGAGCCAUGAGACUCCGUACCCUGUGAGAGAGGAAAUCAAAUUCGGGAUCAACCGUUUAGUCAGCGAGAGGACAGAAAGGACAGAAGAUGAGGAAGAGGAACAUCAUAAUGAGACACGAGCUGAGGGCAUAUCGCCAGCAUCACGCUGUGGUAGUCCCUGUUGGGCGCCAUCACCACAAUCCCCAAGAUCUGUUCGCUCCAGUUCUCCAGAACUGGAAGUGGAUUCUCCACCAUCUUCCCCAAGAAGACCACCAGACACUUCCCCUCCUCCGAAAAGAUCGGAAGCUUUCUCUGUGAGUGCAUUGUUACGACCUGAUGCCCCAAGAGUGCAGCCUCAAAGACCAUUUUUAUAUCCUCCACUACCUUUUGCGGAGUUUUUGAGGGAUGCUGGAAGCCUUGGUCUACCUGGUUGGGGAGGAUACAGCAACCUAUAUCUUCAUGCUGUUCAAGCAGCUGGUCCGGAACUAUUGAGACUUCGUGCAGCUGUUCUUGGUGCCCCUGGCCCUUUAUCUAGGCCUUUGCCAUUAGGAGAUGUGUACUCCUGUGUUAAAUGUGAGAAGAUGUUCAGCACUCCUCAUGGUUUAGAAGUGCAUGCCAGACGAUCUCAUAAUGGCAAGCGGCCCUUUGCUUGUGAACUCUGCAGCAAGACAUUCGGACAUGAAAUCAGUUUGAGUCAGCACAGGGCUGUCCACAGCGUUGAGAAAGUCUUCGAAUGCAAACAAUGCGGGAAGACCUUCAAACGAUCAAGCACGCUGUCUACCCAUCUCCUAAUUCACUCUGACACCAGACCCUACCCAUGCCAGUACUGCGGAAAGCGUUUCCACCAAAAAUCGGAUAUGAAAAAGCACACCUACAUCCAUACUGGCGAAAAACCCCACAAAUGCCAAGUCUGCGGCAAGGCCUUCAGUCAGAGCUCGAACCUGAUAACACACUCUCGCAAGCAUACUGGAUUCAAGCCAUUUGCCUGCGAGCUCUGUGGACGAGCAUUCCAGAGGAAGGUGGAUCUGAGGAGACACAAGGAGACCCAGCAUGCUGACCUGAGACCCCCUCAGCCGCCGCACAUGCAGCCCCAUACUGAUGUGCAUGGCAUGCAUCCUACUGAAAUGCACGCUGUGCCUGACCAUCGAAUAGAUCUCCGUCCCCCACACCCUGAUCUUCGCCAGCACCCUGACUUCAGAGCACACAUGAGCACCGCAGUCCCUCCUCUGCAGCCACUACCAUCCUGA